UCAUCAGUGUUUGUGGCAAAUUCGCCGCAGCAAGUCUCGCUUGGCAGUGGGCGACAGUUUUGAUUUUAAGAAUUUUCUUUAGUUCUAUUGAUUUUAAAUAACAAUGUUUAUUAUAAUUAUAUUUAUAUAUUUUUUUUGGUUUUGUUUUUUUGGUCCACAAAAAUGUUCAACUAAUUUUCAAUUCUUUUCAAAAUUUAGCUAUUUCUUAUUCAACUGUGUGAUGUUUUCGCUUGUUGACCAUAACCAUGCCGCAGUUUCUUCGCAUUGAGCUGCCUUUGAUACCGGUGCAAUUGCGCAGUCCGCAAAAUAUUGGCCAUCAACUUCUUCCAGAGCAGGAUCAACGGCUAACAUUAUGGAUGUUUGUGCACCCGAUAUUGGUGUUUUUAUUAAAUUUUGAAAUGGUAACAAAAGAUAAUUUAAAAUGCCAAAAUGACGCGACAAUUCCGUUUGUACUGCCCCUGGAUGCAAAGAGUUACAAGUAACUUUCGUUCCUUUUAACCGUUUGGAUAGUUCCAAAGUAAAAAGUAUGUUUGCCAAUUUGCUUUGUCCAUAAGCCGCCAUUCUUGAAUAAGAUUUCUCUGAUUGUAUGUCAUCGCGAUUGAUUUUUCCAAAUUUAUGAGCAAAACUUGAAACAUUGAUGAUACGAGCUGGUGCCGAUGACUUUAAUAAAUCAAGUAAUAAAUUGGUUAAAAGAAAAUGUCCGAAAUGAUUUGUGCCAAUUUGGAUUUCCAAUCCAUCUACGGUGGUUUGCCUUUCUUGAAUCGCCAUUACGCCAGCAUUGUUGAUUAAGAUAUGCAACUUUUUUUCACACGUUUUGAAUCUAUUAAAAUGAAUAUUGAUUAGAUUUUAAAAAUAUGUAAAAAAAGAAAACCACAAAUCAUCUUGGACAUUUCCUCCUAACGAAUUUAUUACUUGACUUGAUGAAAGCAUCAACUCCAAGUCGUAUCAUUACCGUCUCAUCUACUGCACAUCGUUAUGGUCGAAUAAACCGUACAGAUUUGAAUAUGGAAAACUCAUACAAUCAAUAUCAAGCAUAUUUCCAGAGUAAAUUGGCUAAUGUUCUUUUUGCGCGUUCAUUGGCAAGUCGUCUUUCAGGCACUAGCGUUACGUCGAAUUCGCUGCAUCCCGGUAUAGUUCAUUUGAAAAUUUUAAUAUCACCGUUAACACUAUUUAUGAAAACACCAAAAUCUGGUGCACAAACAUCCAUAAUGUUAGCCGUUGAUCCCGCUCUUGAACAAGUUAGUGGACAAUAUUUUGCUGAUUGCCGUAUCACAAACGAAAGUGGGGCUGCCCGAGACGAUGAAAUGGCUGAAUGGCUUUGGGAAGCUAGCGAAUAUAUGGUUCAUAAAGAUAACGCACUUUAUUAAAAAAAAAUAUGUCUUUGAAUGUAUUUGUAAAUGUCAAAGUGACAUUACGAAUUUGAGUUUUGUAUCAAAGUCCAAAUGGUUAU